UAAAUGUGUAGUUGCCGUGUAGUUGCCAUGUAAUAAAUUGAGCAAAUAUAAACAUAAUACACUGAUAAAUUGGCGGUCAAUUGUUUGUUUAAUCUGUAACAGCAAUAUUUAUUGAGUAAAAAGCUCAUAAAUAGUUUAAUAAACAUUUGCAGGUACGUGCGUAUAGUAUAGCUUUCGUGGUUUGUAGUGAUCUAUGGUGCAAGGUGCAACAGACGCAGAAUCCAUCGCAUCGCAAAAGACGCUUCCCACGGCCGUCCGAAACCACUAAUUCCACAAAAAGAAAACCAACAAGAACUUAGUUGGGAGGGCGGGAGAUUUGAUUUAUCCGGUUCUUUGUAUGCUCCAAUACGAGCAGAUGUAAAACGGAUUGGAUUUUCGAUGCAAUGCCACCCAAACGUGGAAUCUCUCUAGCGACUCACAGUCGAUCCAAAUAUAAACGCCAGUCAUACUCCCAAAGUUCCAUGCACGAAGACAAGGAAAAUGAGCAACAAAAUGUAAAAUCUCCCGCAUAUAACUGGGACAUAGCCGGCUCCUCCGAUGAAGAUGAAAAUCAAUCGGACGGCGUGUUUUCGUUGUCGCCAUGCUUUGACGCAGUUGAGAAUUAUGAUGAAAUAGAAAAUCAGCCGGUGCUCUCGUUCGAUGAAUUGAAGUCGGAGGAUACGAAAUUUGAUUUUAGUAGUGAGUAUGCCAAUGAUGCAGAUGUCGUAUUGGAGGUCAGUAGUGCGGAAUAUGAAAAGACCAAGUCCAAAUUUGACGAGCUUGUAAAGAAGGUGCUUGCUUUGGAGCAGCGUAAGCGGGAGCUUGAAGAGGCGUCUAAAACAGGAACACCUAAUAGUGAGGAGCUUGAGAAUAUUAAAGCGCAAUUGCAGAGGGGAAACGAUCGUUUGAUUGCAAAUGGCGAUGUUCUAGACACUUUGCGAGUAAGUGAGGAGCAGACCGAUAAUUCCGAGCCUCAAGAGAACGUGAAGCCGCAAUGGGCCAAUCUGUUUUCGGGUCUGAAUCGCCAUCGGAACAAGGCUGGCGCCACUCCCGCUCAAUUCUAUCAGCAUAAGGCGAACAUUAUUUCCAGCCUAAAGACCAUCUACGAGCCAAAAGAGCCCACACCCACUGACGAUCAGUUUGCAGAGCAGUCUCCACUCCUGCUUGUGGACUUGCUUAAGCAUCAGAAGCGCGGUUUGAAAUGGAUGCAGUUCCGGGAACGUCAGGAAAUUUGCGGUGGAAUACUGGCAGACGACAUGGGGCUGGGGAAGACGCUUAGUAUGAUUUCCCUAAUCUUGGCCUCUCUGGAGACAAAGAAGCUCAAGAAAGAUAAAAAGCAGAAAGCUUUAGUAGCCAAAUGGGGUAAAGAACAUCAACGGAUGCCGGUUAAAAAAAUGCCCAAAUUUCAUAUUUUUGAUGAUGAGGACUAUGACGACCAGGAAGACCAGGCACAGGAAGAUAAGUAUGAACCACAUGCAAACCGGCCGAGUCCUAUUGAAGACGCCGAGAUAUCAGAAUCUGAAAUAGAAGACGAAGAAGAUGAACGUGGUCCAUACCCGUCCGCGGGCACUUUAGUGGUCUGCCCGCUGAGCGUGAUGUACCAGUGGGCCCAGGAAGUGGCUUCUAAAGUGGCACCAAAUACCCUCAAAGUUUUGACCUUUCAUGGUCCCAAUCGCCAUGACAUCAACUUGGAGGAAUUCAGAAGCAACGACAUAGUUAUAACCUCGUACCAUACCGUGGCCUCAGAGGUUGGUAAACUUGGCAAUAGUUCCCGCCUGCUGGCCGUCCAGUGGAACCGCCUAAUCCUGGACGAAGCUCACAUAAUAAGAAACGUUAGGACUAGCUGCUUCAAGUCCGUCUUUCUUCUACGCGCACAUUGCCGUUGGGCACUGACAGGGACACCUAUCCAGAACAGAGCCAUUGACGUCUUUGCGCUGCUGCGUUUCUUAAACGUACCGCACUUCAAGCAUCUGAAACAAUGGAAGAUGAUGCUGAACGGGUGCAUCCAUGGUCACUUUCGCCUUAGCUUCAUUAUUAAGCCUUUGAUGCUGCGCCGCACCAAGCAGGAGUUGCAGGCGUCCGGGGAUAUGCCCUUACUGCCUGUCUUAUCAGUCGAGCUGGUAUAUGUACAACUCUCGGAGCCUGAAAUGGCUGUCUACCAGAUUUUGUCGGCGAUUUCCCAAAGAAUCUUUACCCAGUUCUUAAUGCAACGCGAGAAAGGAAACAGCGACUUGAAUUACUAUUCUGUGCACGGCCAGCAGAAACCACAAUUCAUCACAAAGUCUAUUGAGGAAAAAUAUGCAAAAAUGUAUGAGCGAUUCCUUCGAUCGCUUGGGUACAAUCCACAAGAAAAGGUGAAGGGAAUCGUUAUUCUGGUGCUGCUUCUGCGCCUUCGUCAAUUUUGCUGCCAUCCCUGUCUAAUGGUUAAGAUGUUUUCGGACAUGGAUGGCUCCCGGUCCAUGGAUGAUCUGAGAUCAGAUUUCCGGCAAAUCGAAGGUCCGUUGCAGAUAGAUGCGCUGAAGGAGUUAGAAAAUUACGUAGCUGGUGAUUGCAGCUGCGACGUCAAGAACGAAGACCCGACUGAUCCGCGGGCUGAUUCUGCUGAAGUGGAAACUAAAAAUCCAGACCUGAAAGAGAAUAUCAAGAUGGACGACAUCGAAACCAGGCUGAAAAUUAAAGAGGAAAACAUAACGAAGGACGAAUCUGAAACCCAAGAAGAAAAUAAAGAAGUGAAAAUGAACAAAAAAGUGAAAGUGGAAAAUAUUAAAAAGGAAGAAUCCCAAAACACAGCAGAAACUAAAAAGGAAAAUAUUAAGAAGGAGAAAAAUGUUCUCAGCGACUUGACCGGAGCCAUGAAACUUCUAGAUAUUAACAAUCCUAUUUUUAAUACGAGUCAGCCGUCGACAAAACUGAAAAUCGUUAUUCAGAAACUACAGUCAAUACUCGAAGGAACGACAGACAAGGUAAUCGUCGUAUCCCAAUGGACCUCUUUUCUAGAUAUCAUUAGGGAGUAUUUGAAUGAACAUGACUGGCAGACGCUUGACUUUAAUGGCAAGAUGGAUGCCACGGAGCGCGAAGUGGUCCUCAAAGAUUUCAACGUAGUCCAGAACAGUAAGCGGAUUCUACUACUCUCUCUUACCUCUGGUGGGGUUGGUCUCAAUCUCAAUGUGGCUAACCACUUGCUGCUGGUGGACUUGCACUGGAACCCACAACUGGAGCGACAGGCGCAGGAUCGCAUCUACCGCUACGGCCAGCAAAAGCCCACCUUUAUUUACCGCUUCAUGUGUCAGGACACCGUGGAGCAGCGUAUCAAGGCAUUGCAGGACUACAAGUUGGAGAUUGCCAAUGUCGUGCUCCAGCCAGACCAAAGCGCAUCAUCUGCGGGUGGAGGUCUAAACAUGGAGGACUUGAAGAAGCUAUUUCUAAUGUGAGCUAUGCCCAUACCGUCACUUCUCGGCUAGAAAAGCUAAGAAUUGUUUUAAUAUUAUCUUUCCAUUAACAUUCCAUGUUAUAUUUCUAAGAAACGACCACAGGCUUUAUUUAACACUACCUCAUACGUAUGUAUAAUUAAUAUCGUACAGUCUGUUCUGUACGUGUUCGAAUCUUAAUUUAAUUUGAAAACCACAUAUCUAUUAUAAUCAUAUUAAUAGUAAAACAUAUGUAUUAGUUGCUUCUUUUUGGUAAUCAUCGAAAGGAACAGGAACAGAGUAGGAAUAUAUUGUUGAAGCCAAA